AGGUUCUUAUUCAGAUGUGAACCUAGAAUCAAUGCCUGGUAGAAUUAGAGGUAGAUGUGCCUCGCCGCAAAAAUAUGCAUGAGACACAUAUCAAAGAUCUGUACGAAUGCCCUCAGAAAAACAGAUUCUUAUGCUCUCAUUCAUUAGUAUGCCUAUGAGCUAAGUUCUGAUUCGGAGAACAGAUUAUUAUGUUGUGCUUACUAGAGUAUGCCAAUGAGCCGAGAUCCUGAUUGCACUAUGGAAAAGAUGGCACACUCGCUUCCUGACAAAUGGUAUCACAUCAAGAUGCAAACAAAUUAGCAAAUAUUCGUAGUCGUGUAGAAGCGUGGGAUUGUUCCAGAUGAAACAUGCUUCUAUAGCGGACAGGAGAAACACUACCAGCAGUGCUAGCGAAGAUAGAUCCGAUUUGGAUUCUGCAAAUGGCUCCACCAGCAAUAUUAACUCUGUUUUAUUAGUUGAACCCCAUCAAUCGCCAACUAAUCUUGUGUUUGGUUAUCUCAACCUCUUCUCUGAUGGUGUACACAAUUUUACUGAUGGGAUGGCUUUAGGAAGUGCUUUCCUCCUUUAUGGAUCUGUUGGUGGGUGGUCCAGAACUCUAUUUUUACUUGCACAUGAGCUUCCUCAAGAGAUAGGUGAUUUUGGAAUCUUGGUAAGGUCUGGUUUUAGUGUCUCUAAAGCCCUCUUCUUCAACUUUCUCUCUGCACUGGUAGCUCUAGCAGGAACUGCGCUGGCUUUGAUGUUGGGACAAGAUCCAGGACAAUCGUCUUUGAUUGAGGGAUUUACAGCAGGUGGAUUUAUCUAUAUAGCUGUUGCUGGAGUGCUGGCGGAAAUGAACAAUGGCAGCUCUGCCUUGAGAAGUACAGCAAUCCAAGUAACCUCUUUGAUGCUAGGAAUGUCUGUUGCUCUAUGUAUUUCCCUUGUUGAAUGAAAUUCUGUUUAUAACAAUGUCACAAGUCGAGUUACAGGUCAAUGUGAGAUAAAAAGUUGAUUGUCUGUUUCGAUCUCCUUGCCAAUGCUGUUGU